CAGGAAGUUAGUUGCGUUGGUCACUUCCGGUAAUAGUUUGAAAACGAGUGGCGGUAACGGUCCAGAUUCUAGUUAAUCAUGGAUAUACGGCCCAACCACACCAUUUACAUCAAUAAUGUAAAUGAUAAAAUUAAAAAAGAAGAGUUGAAGAGGUCGCUGUAUGCCCUGUUCUCUCAGUUUGGGCAGAUCAUUGAUAUUGUGGCACUGAAAACCAUGAAGAUGAGAGGACAGGCAUUUGUUGUAUUCAAAGAGUUGGGUUCUGCCACAAAUGCUCUUCGCCAGCUGCAGGGGUUUCCUUUUUAUAACAAACCCAUGCGCAUUCAGUAUGCCAAAACAGACUCUGAGGUCAUUUCAAAAAUGCGUGGCACAUUUGGGGACAAAGACAAGAAGAAAGAAAAGAAGAAGAAAACUCAAGAGCAGGCAGCAAAUCCAGCUAAGAAGCCAGCUCUGGGAUCUACAAAUGCGCAGCCUAAUGCAGCCCCAGUUCAGCAGACUCCUGACAAUCCACCAAACUACAUCUUGUUCCUCAAUAAUCUUCCAGAAGAAACCAAUGAAAUGAUGCUGUCUAUGCUGUUCAAUCAGUUUCCUGGGUUUAAAGAGGUGCGGCUGGUGCCGGGCAGACAUGACAUUGCCUUUGUGGAGUUUGAGACGGAGGGGCAAGCCGGAGUAGCCAGGGACGCACUGCAAGGGUUCCGCAUCACUUCCACCUGCGCCAUGAAGAUCACUUAUGCCAAGAAGUAGCCCUGAAAUGCCUUCCCAUCACUACCAGAUUACAGGAUAUUGUGGACACUUGCAGUUUUGGAGAUGUUCCUUAAUUUUUUUUUGUACUUUAUGAGCCAGAAGAUGACCUGGAUUUGAACUUUGGUUUUGAAUGAGGGAGUGCACCACCCCCUUUAAAUAUUGGAGAUAAACAGCUGGGUGAACUGAAAUGUCUUUGUUUAUUUUGAGAUUUUGAUUUCUUUAAUUAAACAGGUUGUUUCAUGUGUUUAGUAUAAUAAAAUGCUUUCCUAUAAGAUAAUUCUGAUGCUUUAGUGUCUGUACCCCAGCAUUUUUUUAUACAAGGUGCUGUUUCUCGAACGUUCCUACCAGUCAGCUCUAGUUUAAGGCAGAUAUAAGACAGUACAUGACCUGCGGUCAUUGAAAAUAUAGCAAAUUAUCCUGUACAGGAGUCGGCAUGUUGAUUUGGCUGAGGCAGUGAAACUAAAUAGGUUGGAAAAUAUUUGUUUUUGUAACCCCAUCAGCAGUAGGUUUGAAUGCCAGAAAUUGUAUUUGCUUUGUAAUUCACCAGAAAGAAACCAAACACAUUUGUUUUGGAUUGGUACAACUGUAAUUUUCCUGAGUUCCUUAUACUUUUCUCAGCGUUGUUGUUGGAGGAAGAAUGUUUCUGCAGGAAUGCACUUGAAGGGUCUUGUAUCAAUAGGUGUAUAAAGCAGAUUUCACUCACAAUCUCUGUUUUCUAAAUCU